AUUAUGACAAGUUGUAAUAUUUCGCACAUUCAUGCUUUCAUGCCUCAUGGGAGAGAGUUAAGCUUGUAUUUCGAAUUAUUGUGCAACUUGUGACGAUUUAGUUAAGAUAAUACCUAUCAGAUUUAGUUAAGAUAACACUUAUCAAAUAUUUUUGCUUACUGCACUGUCUAGAUGCUAACGAGAAUUGGUUUCUUGGCGACUAAAACAGCUUCGUUUAACACAGCAAGAAAUAUCAGAAGUAUCGCCGGAAUGUCGAAGUUCGAUUUACCGAGUCGUUUGAAAGGCAACGAAGAAUCCGUCUGGGUCGAAUACAUCCAGCUCGCUCUGCAGUACAAGCCGGUGAACUUGGGUCAGGGCUUUCCCGACUAUUACGCACCGGAGAACGUGACCAACGCUCUCGCUGCCAUCGCCAAAAGUGACAAUCCGCUUUUGCAACAGUAUACAAGAGGAUUUGGCCAUCCAAGGUUAGUAAAUGCAGUUGCAAAGUUUUACUCCAAGCUCCUCAAACGUGAUUUGGAUCCAAAUAAGGAAGUGCUGAUCACCACUGGUGCUUAUGAAGCGUUAUAUGCCACUCUGCAAGGUCACACUAAUCCUGGAGAUGAAUGGAUCAUCAUUGAACCCUUCUUUGAUUGUUACGUUCCUAUGGUACAGACCGCGGGAGGAAUUCCCAGAUACAUAGCAUUAAAACCGAAAUCUACAUCAGGAACAAUUACCUCUGCUGAUUGGGUAUUUGAUAGAAAGGAGAUGGAGAGUCUCUUCAAUGAGAAAACUAAAGGCAUUAUUAUCAACACUCCGCACAAUCCUGUAGGAAAAGUGUUUACGCUGGACGAAUUACAAUUUAUUGCUGAUCUCGCGAAAAAGUGGAAUGUGCUUGUUGUUUCCGACGAGGUUUACGAACAUAUUGUUUACGAGCCGUAUAAGCAUAUAAGAAUCUCGACAUUACCUGAUAUGUACGAACGCACAAUCACAAUUGGAUCAGCGGGCAAAACGUUCAGCGUCACAGGAUGGAAAAUAGGUUGGGCGUAUGGACCAGCGAAUUUGUUGUAUAAUCUGCAAGUGGUACAUCAAAAUUCUGUGUAUACCUGCCCCACACCAAUCCAGGAAGCAGUAGCUAUCGGAUUUGAAUUGGAAAUGGAACGCUUGGGGCAACCGGAAUGUUAUUUUCACAGUUUAGCGAUGGAAUUGUUACCGAAGCGCGACUACAUGGCAAAAUUCCUCCGAGAAGUUGGCAUGGUACCGACAAUACCCGAGGGUGGCUAUUUUAUGCUUGCUAACUGGUCUGCACUGGAAAAUAAAGUGAAACUGCAUGAGGAGACUGACAAGAACAAAGACUAUCGGUUUACUAAAUGGAUGACGAAGAACGUCGGUCUUCAAGGUAUUCCUCCUUCGGCGUUUUACGGUCCUGAACAUAAAUCUCUAGGGGAGGACUAUGUGCGGUACUGCUUUAUAAAGAAGGACGAAAAUUUGAAGGCAGCCGCCAAUAUUUUGAAGAAAUGGGCUUCCCAAUAAUUGAGACUAUGUAUGUGUAUAUGUAUAUUCGAAUUGUUAAGUGCCUCGUGCACUGUAUCACUUUUUCGUGCUAUUCAAACACAUUGCAUGGAAAGUUUAUUUGAUACAAUUAGGGAGAAGUUAUAAUUAUUCUGACUUACCGCGGUUUUUAUAUGUAUUUAUCUUUUUAAAUCGACAAAUGAUUUAUAUUUAUAAGUAUCAAGAUAUUUUAAAUUUUUAUACAUUUUGACACGAUAUAUGAUUCAAUUAAGUGAUCUUGCGAUACUAUCAAUUACGAUGAUUGAUUGUAAUGAUCAAUCAGACAAUGUUGCAAAGUUAAAUUACUUUGGAACUCCUUGACAUCUUUUGAAUCAUCUCUAAACUUUUUACAAUACGGCCAUAAAGAAAUGGAAGAACUACGAAGUAAAGAUAUUGGAAAAAAA